AUGGCCCCCAACGCUCACCCUAAUCGUCAGGUUUUACCUACAAAUGUCAAGCCUACUCACUACGAUUUAACCUUGCAACCUAAUUUGGAGACCUUUGUUUUUUAUGGUCAAGUCAAAGUCAACUUGAACGUAAUCGAGGAUACAACUGUUAUUACAACAAAUGCACGGGAUAUCAAGAUUUAUUCUGCAUCUAUAUGUACAGAGGGACUUAAAACAGAGUCAAAGCAAACUGCGACCAAAAUUUCAUAUGAUACUACCAAGGAUUUGGCUAUCUUAACGUUUAAAGAAUCUAUUCCUGCCAAUUCUAAAGCAGUUCUCGACAUUCAUUUCGAAGGUGAACUCAAUGAUGCUAUGGCCGGUUUUUAUCGUUCAUCUUACAAAGAUGCUCAAGGCAAUACGAAAUACUUGGCUACUACUCAAUUCGAAUCCACUGAUGCUCGCCGUGCUUUCCCUUGUUGGGAUGAACCCAGUCUUAAGGCUACCUUUGAUGUCAUUUUGAUAGUACCUUCUGAUUUGGUUGCCCUUUCAAAUAUGGAUGUCAUUUCUGAGAAACCUUAUCACGAUACUGGCAAAUUGACCAAUGUACCUUGUGGCAAAACAGAAGGAAAGACUGAAGGCAAGACUGAAGGCAAGACCGAAGGCAAGACUGAAGGCAAGACCGAAGGCAAGACUGAAGGCAAGACCGAAGGCAAGACUGAAGGCACUGCUACAGCAACAAGCCUGAAAGAAGUCAAGUACUCUACUACACCCAUGAUGAGUACCUACCUUUUAGCUUUCUGUGUCGGUCCUUUCGAAUAUAUUGAAGCUUUUACCAGUGGUGAACAUAAUGGUAGACCAAUUCGCUCUCGUGUUUAUGCCCUCCCUGGUUCUGCUGAACAUGGUCGUCAUGCUUUAAAUGUCUGUACUGCUGCCCUUGAAUACUUUGCCAAGGUUUUUGGUGAGCCCUAUCCUCUACCUAAAGUGGAUAUGAUUGCUAUUCCUGAUUUUGAAGCGGGUGCUAUGGAAAAUUGGGGUUUAAUCACCUACAGAACAGUUGCCAUCUUAUUCGACGAGAAGUCAUCUUCAAUCAUGUUUAAGAAGAGCACCGCUUAUACAGUCUGUCAUGAACUUGCUCAUCAAUGGUUCGGUAACUUAGUCACUAUGGAAUGGUGGGAGCAUUUGUGGCUUAAUGAAGGUUUCGCCACCUGGGUAGGUUGGUUGGCAGUCGACAAUAUCUUCCCUGAAUGGAAUGUGUGGACUUCUUUUGUAAACGAUGAUAUGCCUCGUGCCUUAAGUUUGGAUGCUCUUCGUUCAUCACAUCCUAUUGAAGUCACCGUUAACGACCCAGCUGAAAUUCACCAAAUUUUCGAUGCCAUUUCUUACUAUAAAGGUGCCAGUGUUAUUCGUAUGUUGAGCUCUUGGCUCGGUGUUGAUGUCUUUUUGGCAGGUGUUCGUCGUUAUUUGCAUCGUCAUAGGUUGGGCAAUGCUUCUACCGGCGAUUUAUGGAAGGCGUUGAGCGAAGAAGCCAAUGAAGAUGUGUCCAAGUUUAUGACCGAAUGGACUAGACGUGUUGGCUAUCCUGUAUUGACGGUUGAAACUAAUCAAAAUGAAAGUACUUUUAACGUUACUCAAAACCGUUAUCUCUCAACUGGUGAUUUGAAGGAGGAGGAAGAUACUACAGUUUGGUGGGCACCCCUUCGUAUGCUUACUUCUGGAGGUCAUGUAGAAGAUCACAUUUUAACUGAAAAGACACAAACGUUCAAGAUUCCUUCCGAUGGCUUGUUCAAGCUAAAUGCUAGCCAAACUGCUGUCUAUCGUGUGAACUAUCCUAUAGACGUUAUCCGUCGUUUGGGUGAAGAAGUUAAAAAGGGUAAAGAUGGUCUUCUGGCUAAUACCAAUGAUCGUGUUGGUUUAUUGGCUGAUGCUGGUAAUUUAAGCGUUAGUGGCCAGCAAUCAACUACUGCCUUUUUAGAACUUGCUCAAGCUUUUGCUAAUGAAGAAAACUAUUUUGUUUGGUCACAAUUAAGUGGACACUUAGGUAAAAUCCUUAGUGUUUGGUAUACCCAACCUAAAGAAGUUCGUGAUGGUCUCAAAACCCUUCGUCGCAGCUUGUUUGCUCCUAUCGCUCAUAAGCUUGGCUGGGAAGCUUCUCGUCAAGACGAUUAUCUCACAAGCAUUUUGCGUGUUCUUGCUCUUUCCAAUGCUGGUAAAUCGUAUGACCAACAGACUGUUGAGGAAGCUAAGAAGCGCUUCUGGCAAUUUGCCGAGGGCAAUACCGACGCUCUUCAUCCUGAUCUUCGUAGCACUGCCUAUGGUAUUGCUUUAUACGCUGCCUCAGAAGACGAAUCUGAAGAAACGAAGGUCUGGGAACAAAUCUACCAAAUCUACAAGGACGAUAAAUUACCUACUGAUCAACGCUUGGUCGCUCUAAGUGCCUUAGGUCAAGCCAAGAGUCAUAGUUUAAUCCAACGUUAUUUAUCAAUGGCUUUAGAUGAAAAGGAAGUGCGUAACCAAGAUUCUCUUUACGUGUUUAGCUCUUUAUCAUCCAACCCUGACGGCCGUGACCUUCUUUGGAAGUUCUUCACUGAGAAAUAUGAUCUAUUGCACAGCAAGUUUGCCAAAUCUUUGAGCUUGUUUGGGUCCAUUGUUCGUUCUUCUGUAGGUGGUUUUGUCUGCUUUGAUCGUAUUAAGGAGAUUGAAGCUUUCUUUGCUCAAAAGGAUACAAAGGAAUAUGCUCGUUCUUUAGAGCAAGCUUUAGAAGGAUGCAGAGUAAAUGCAAACUGGGUCAAGAGAGACAAUCAAGCUGUUGCUGAUUGGAUAAAGGAGAACGUCAAGGGUACCGCUUAA